AUGGCAAUAACUGCAACAUCGAUUUGGUUUUGGUCGUUAACUGUGUUACCAUUUACACUAAUUAUUACUUUGAUAAUUUCUUUGUUCACAAAUCGUUUGAUUGACAAUCAUUCAAUGUCAAAAAAAGCAUUGUUUGAACUCUUGGUUGAACAUAGAACGGUUAUUAUCGGAGAAAAUCGAGAAGAUAAACAAGGAAAUGUUAUUGGUUAUAAUUGUAUUUAUCGUUAUGAUAUUACAACUGGAUGUUGGCAAAGAUAUCCUGUAGAAUAUUCAAAUGUUUUAUUUAAUCGUAUUCGAAUUUCAAACUAUAAUGAACAAAUGGUAAUUAGAAUUAAACCAUUAGAUCAACAAUUUUCUGAUUUAGAACAACUUUCAAAUCAAAAUAAACUACCAUUACCAACAAUUUCAAAAGAAGAACAUAUUCCAGAAGAUGUCGUUGAUUACGGUUCACGUUCAGAAUUUAAUGGUUUAGUUCCACCACCAUUUGCACCACGUCGAAGUCGACAAAAUAGUGCAUGUAGUGUUCGAUAUGCUUCAUUUGUUCCACCACCAGCAGCAGCACCUGUUCGUCGACGUCGUGUUAUCGAAUCAAUCCUUUUACAUGUUCAACGAAAAAAAAAAACAUUUGAAAAAAUCAUUGAUAUUAUUAAACGAAGAGAAGCAAUAACAAUGUUUGAUUUAGGACUAAGAUUUUUACGUGUAUAUGAUGGUAGAUUUACUUAUCGAGAAGGACAUGAAUUUGUAAUGUCGUAUCAGAAGAAAACUUGGUUUUUAACAGUUGAUAAGAUUACAUGUGUUGAUUGUGAAGUAGGUAAUAUUGAACCACGAUCAUUAGUGAUACUUAAUUAUAAAGGUCAAUAUACAAAUGUACAUAUUUAA